ACUUUCAAACUCCACGUGUCACAUUCCACCUCUUCCUUCAACCUCUUAAAAACCCUGUAAACAAAAACGAAAUCAUAAGCACCCCAAAACGACAUUGCAAAAUGCACCGUUUCAAAUCAAUCCUCCACCGCAGCUAUCACCACCACACACUCGACAAAACCACCGCUGCUUCCCAUCUAAAAUCCCGGUCCGUUAUCCGGUUCAGCGGUCCAGAAACAGUAAAAUUCCUUCAAGGCCUCUUAACAAAUGACAUAAGGAAGUUCGAUGAAACACCCAGCGAAACGACGUCAUUUUUGCCUACUCCAAAUACACCUUCCGUUUCUGUACCGCCUAUGUACGCCACACUUUUAACUCCUCAAGGGAGGUUUCUGUAUGAUUUGUUUCUAUAUAGACCCGCACGCGCGGAUGAGAAGCUUGAUAGAACCGGGUCUGGACCUGGGUCGGACUCUGGUAAGUCCAUUGAGUUGUUGGCCGAUGUGGAUACUUCUGUUCUUGACGAGAUAUUGCACACUUUUAAAAGAUACCGUUUAAGGUCUAAGGUUGAGAUUGAAAAUCUGUCUGAAGAAUUUUCUUGCUGGCAGCGGUUCGGUGGGAGCCUUGUUGAAAAAUCCAAAGUUACAGAAGAACCGGAUGCUGGAAGUGUUGGCUGGGGAUCCGGUGUUGAUCGUGUUGCCAUGUCAUCUGCACAAGGGAAUGGUAAUGGAUGGCAAUGGUUUAAGGAUCCCAGAUUACAUUGUCUUGGUUUCCGGGGAAUCUUUCCGUCUAAUACAACACCACCUUUGGUUGAGUCUGAUACAGAAACGGAUGAGAAAAAUUACCUGUUGUGGAGAAUAGAGAAUGGAGUUGCUGAAGGAUCGACCGAGAUUCCGAAAGGUGAAGCAAUUCCCCUUGAAUACAAUUUUGCUGGUCUAAAUGCGAUAAGUUUUGAUAAGGGUUGCUAUGUGGGCCAAGAGCUUGUUGCUCGUACGCACCACAGGGGGGUAAUCCGCAAGCGUUUGCUUCCUUUAAUAUUUGUAGAUGAUAGCGGAGAAGAGGUGGAGCAAAUGGUUGCUCCUGGCUCAGAAGUGAUUGACACUGCAUCAGGCAAGAAAGUUGGGUCUGUGACAACUGCACUUGGUUGUCGAGGGCUAGGUGUUCUACGCGUGGACGAAGCAUUCAAAGGUGGGUCGGGUUCCUUGGCUAUACAAGGACAGGAUGAUAUAAGGGUUGAGGCUGUUAGACCAAAAUGGUGGCCAGCUGAAUGGUUUCCAGAGCAUCAACAGUCCAGUGCAGCUGCUUAGUAAAUGUUACUUUAAAGGCAAAGGUUCCCUGGUUCUCGACUUAAUCCUGCACAUUUUCGCCUCUUCACCAGCAGUGCAGGUAGGUCAAUUAACUUGUAACUUGUCUCAUACUGAAAAUAAAAGGAAGAUGCUGAACCGGGAGUUGUACAAGCCCGUCAACAUGCUUUCAUGGAGCAAGAGUAUAAUUACGAGUUUGAAGUUGAUCAGACGUCCUGUAAUUCAUAUUUUAUUUUCCUUUGGUGCAAGGAAAUAAAUUAUAGAGCCAAUAAUUAGCCCGUCCAUGCUAUUCUGAUCAUCUCUUGCUUCUGUAGAGUAAAAUGAAAUUCACCAUAUCUUGUAAUCUUAGUUCUCAUUAAUUUGAUUACCUUUCUAAA